AUGUUCCAAAUGGGUAGAGUCUCCGAACACCUCCUUGAUUUCCACAACUAUCUGGCUCGAGGCCCAGAAGCAUUCCACAAUUAUGUUACAGCAACGGUCCAACGCGUCCUCCUCACCGGCGCAAACGGCUUCCUCGGAACCCACAUCCUCUCUCAACUCCUCGCCUCCAACUUCUCGGUCCGCGCUAUAGUCCGCUCCCAGAGCAAAGCCGACCAGGUGCGUUCCGACCAUCCCGCAGCCAGCCGGCAAGAUCUCGAAUUCGGCAUCGUGCCCGACAUCACCGCUCCCGGUGCGUUCGAUGCUGUUGUCAAGGCUGACCCCCCUAUUGACUUGGUCAUUUAUACCGCUUCCCCCUUUUUCUAUGAAGCGGUUUCGGACAACUUGAAAGAUUUUCUUAUCCAGGCUAAGCAAGGCACUGAGGAGAUCUGA